AUGGCUGUAACAUACCCCUUGUCGUUGAUCCUCCUCUCUCUUGUUUUCUCUAUACAUCUUUCAUCUUCAGAAAUCGAAACUAUGCGUCAAGGUUCAUCCCUCUCAGUGGAUAAUCCAAACGACGUCAUGCUCUCACCAAACGGCAUGUUCUCCGCCGGCUUCUAUGCCGUUGGCGAAAACGCAUAUUCCUUCGCCAUUUGGUUUUCCGAACCCCAUCCCCAAACACGAAACCCCACCGUCGUAUGGAUGGCAAACCGUGACCAGCCUGUAAACGGCAAGCGCUCAACGGUAUCCCUUCUUCACAGCGGCAAUCUCGUCUUAAACGACGCCGAUAACUCCCACGUUUGGUCAACAGACACCGUUUCACUGUCCUCCUCUGUGCACCUGCUUCUUAACGACACCGGCAACCUCGUUUUACUUGAAGAGGAUGACGGCGUCGUUUUGUGGCAAAGCUUUGAUUUCCCUACAGAUACCCUUCUACCUCAACAAGUGCUCACCAGAUACGCAAAACUAAUAUCUUCUAGAAGCAACACUAACAAGUCCUCGGGUUUUUACACCCUUUUCUUCGACAACGAUAACAUUCUUCGUCUUCUCUACGAUGGUCCUGAAGUUUCAGGCCUUUACUGGCCAGAUCCUUGGUUUAACAAUUGGGAGGCUAAUAGGGCUGGUUACAAUAAUAGCAGAGUUGCAGUGAUGGAUACUCUUGGCAAUUUCAGUUCUUCAGAUGAUUUCAAUUUCAUGACUACUGAUUAUGGCACCGUCAUACAAAGAAGAUUCACCCUGGAUCACGAUGGGAACAUUCGUGUUUAUAGUCGGAGAUUAAGUGGAGAAGAAUGGUCUGUUUCAUGGCAAGCCAAAGCAAGACCAUGUAGCAUUCAUGGUAUUUGUGGCCCCAAUAGUUUAUGCACUUAUAAUCAUGAUCGUGGUUUGAAUUGUUCGUGCCUUCCGGGGUAUAAGAUGAUGAAUGUUGGUGAUUGGUCUUAUGGCUGUGAACCGAAAUUCACUGCGUCUUGCAACGUAACCGAGUCUCGGUUUUUGUAUAUAAGCAACGUGGAGUUGUAUGGCUAUGACUAUGGGAUCAUGGAAAACUAUACGCUUAAGCAGUGUAAGGACUUGUGCCUGCAGUUAUGCAACUGUCAAGGGAUACAAUAUACCUAUGUAUUUGGGCCCAACACUUAUACAUGUUAUCCGAAGUUGCAGUUGCAGAAUGCUUAUCGUACACCGUAUUUUAAUGCUGAUCUGUACUUGAAACUCCCAGCAAACAGUUCAUAUUCUUUUGAUGACGUAGAUGAUUACAGUCUUGAUUGUUCUUCGAGUUCGAGAACGAUGCAGCUAGAGAGAGCAUAUGAGAAGGGUCAUGGAAACAGAUAUUUAAAGUUCUUGAUCUGGUUUGCAGGGGGAGUGGGAGGGCUUGAGGUUUUGUGUAUAUUUCUGGUUUGGUUUUUUCUGGUGAGAACCAGGCAACCAUAUUCUGGUGCAGAUCAACGAAUCUAUAAUUUGGCAAUGAAUGGUUUUAAAAAAUUCAGUUAUUCUGAGCUGAAACAAGCCACCAGAGGCUUUAGCCAAGAGAUAGGAAGGGGUGCAGCAGGGACUGUAUACAAAGGUGUGUUGUCUGAUCAACGAGUUGCAGCAGUGAAGAGACUCAAGGAUGCUAAUCAAGGAGAAGAAGAGUUCCUCGCAGAAGUAAGCAGCAUUGGAAGGCUUAACCACAUGAAUUUGAUUGAGAUGUGGGGGUAUUGUGCUGAGGGCAAGCACAGGCUUCUGGUGUAUGAGUUCAUGGAGCAUGGCUCUCUAGCAGAAAAUAUCAAGUCUAAUGAGUUGGACUGGGCCAAAAGGUUUGAUAUAGCCUUAGGAACAGCAAAGGGUUUGGCUUAUAUCCAUGAGGAGUGUUUGGAGUGGAUUUUGCAUUGUGAUGUGAAGCCCCAAAACAUACUUUUGGAUUCCACCUAUCAACCCAAGGUAGCAGAUUUUGGGCUGUCCAAGCUGCGGAACAGAAAUGAUACUAAAUACUCCAGUUUUUCAAGGAUACGAGGAACCAGGGGUUACAUGGCUCCUGAAUGGGUUUUCAAUCUACAAAUCACCUCCAAAGUUGAUGUUUAUAGCUAUGGAAUUGUUGUGUUGGAAAUGAUCACAGGAAAGAGCGCAACAAAGGAUGUUGAUGCAACUACUGAUGAUGGAGUAGAGAAGCAGCGUUUCAGCCUGAUCACGUGGCUUAGACAGAAACAGAAUGAAGGAUCUCGGUGGGUUAAUGAAAUCUUAGACCCCACCAUAGAAGGAGGUUAUGACGAGGGUAAGAUGGAAGCUUUGGCUAGAGUAGCUCUGCAAUGUGUGGAGGAAGAGAAGGACAAGAGACCCACCAUGAGCCAAGUAAUAGAGGUGCUUCAGAAAUGUAGCCGCGAAAAUGAUAAUCAGUGA